AUGCAAAGAGAGUGGCAAGAAUUUCAACAAAACCAAGAAUUACAACAAAACCAAAUGACUGAAAUACAUCGAUACCAAUUUCCAAAUAAUGGAAGUCAAUUUUCAACAUACUCAAGCGGCACUAACGGUGACGACCGGUCUUCUUAUAGUAACACUUCUGAUAUAAUAACUACUGAUGAAGACGUUGCUACUCCAAUUAAUAACGGUUCUCCCGUUUUUACAAAUCCAAAACUUACUAUGUUUGACGAACCUGUUUAUAAUGAUGAUGAUUUUGAUAUAAAGUCCAGGGAGAAAUUUCGCUCUCUUCCUUUAUUACAUACUACUAGUGUAAGACGUACAGAUUCAGUUUCUUCCCAUAAAUCCUAUAAAUAUACUUCUUCUCCUAAUGAUGUUACUUCUAUAAAUUCUCCUGUUUUUGAUGAUCGAAGAAACAAAUUUAUAUCUUCUACCAUGCGUAUAAAAGAUGAUAAACCUCGUAAAUUUCUUAGCACCCCUCCUCCAUUUUCCUCUUCUCAAUAUUCUCAAUCAAAUUCUUCAAAAAAAAGUAUUCCUUAUGAUGAUAAUCGACUAUAUAAUAUUAAAUAUAGACGUUCUUUAGAUACUCUUCAUUCUGUUUACGAAUCUCAACAAUCAAGUAUUUCUCCUUCUGAUGCUCCAUUAAUCAGUCGUCCUGUAUCUCCUCCUAUUAUAUCAAGUCAUCUAUCUCCUGUUCCACAAAUUGGUCGUUCUAUAUCUCCUACUAUGAGAUCUUAUUUAAAUGAUGAUUUAAAUCAUUCAAGAUCAAAUAGUAAUUCGGCUAGAUCUGCUCAUUUUGUUGGUACUUUUGGUGAUAGAGCUUAUCAUGUUAAUGAUUCUUUACAUAGAACUAGACAUUCAAGAUCAAGAUCUGCUUUUACCCUUCCAAUAAAUACUGAUAAAUUUAUUGAUUCUAUUAAAAAAAAAUCAAAAGAUCAAAAUCCUAUUUACUUAAAAGCUCUUCAUGCUUUAGAAGCUAUGCAAUUCAAUGAAGCUAUCAGUUUAUUCACUCAAGUUUUAUCAAUUUUUCCUAAUAGUUAUUCCCUUAUAUGUCAUAGAGCUUAUGCUUCUUUUCAAGCUGAAAGUUGGAAUCAAGCUAUUAGUGAUUUAAAUAGAGCUAUCUCAAAAAAACCAAGAAGAUCUCGUGCUUAUUCACUUAGAGGUGAAGUUUAUCGAAGAUUAAAUAAAUUUGAAGAUUCUUUAAAUGAUCUUAACAUGUCUCUAAAAUUAAAAAAGAACAUUUUCGCUUUAAGAACUAGAGCUGAAGUUUAUAGUUCAUUAGAAAGAUAUUAUGAUGCAAUUAGUGAUUUGGAUUCAGUUUUAGAAAUUGAUCCAAAAAAUGUUUUAGCUAUUGUACGUCGUGCAAAAGCUUAUUGUUCAUUAGGUCUUUAUCAAGAUGCUUUACUUGAUUUAGAACUUGCUUUAAAUUUUGAUCCUGUAAAUACUUCUUCAAUAUUAAUGAAUCGUGGUGAAAUUUAUAGACUUAUGGGACGUUAUGAUUUAGCUCUUUUGGACUUUGAUUCUUCAUUACAAAGUGAAGAAAAUUUAUUUGCUUUGGAAAGAAGAGGAACUGUAAAAAAAAUUUUAAAGAGAGAUAAUGAAGCUUUAGCUGAUUUUACUAGAGUUCUUCAAUUAGAUUCCAAAAAUUUCGCCGCUCAUAAAGGUCGUGCUGAAAUUUUAUAUAAUUUAGGUAAUCAUGAAGAAUCUCUUAAACAUAUGAAUUUAGCUUUACAAAUAGAACCUUUUGAUUUUUCUUUAUUAAAAGGUAGAGGAAAAAUUAAUCAUGAACUUGGUUAUGGGGAUAAUGCUAUAACUGAUUAUAAUUUAGCUUUAAGAAUUUGUCCAUCUGAUGUAGAAAUACUUAUAUUUCGUGAAGCUUUAAGAGAUCUUGAUGAUGCUGUAUAUUUAAGACCUGAUAGUGUAUUUGCUCUUGCAAAUCGAGGCGCAAUUUAUUACAUGCUCAGAAGAUAUACUGAAGCCUCAGUUGACUUGAGAAAAGCUCUGAAGAUGGAUCCUAAAUAUGUUUUUGCGUUAGAAACUUUGGGUGCCUUAUAUAACGCAUUAGAAAAAUAUGAUGAGGCACUUGAAACUUUGGAUGCUGCAAUAGAUUUGGAUCCUUCAAAUCGUUGGGUAUUAACUCAUCGAGCAGAAACUUUAUUAGCAAUGGGAAAAGGUGAAGAGGCAUUACGUGAUUUAAAUAAAGUAUUAGAAAAAAAUCCUGAUUGGGGAUAUCCUUUGUCGCUAAGAGGUGGUAUCUACCGAACAUUAAAAUCGUACAAGAAAGCAUUGGCGGACUUGAAUAAUGCAUUGGAAAAUUUUAAAGAUAAAGCAUUUAAUGUUGGACAUAUAACUAAAGCGUUGUGUAAUAGAGGUGCGGUCUAUUUCGCAAUGGAGAAAUAUAAUGAAGCCUUAUCUGAUUUUAAUAAGGUAUUGAUUCGUGAUCCAAAAAAUUCAUACGCAUUAAAAGAACGAAGUGCGGUCUAUCAAGCUUUAGGAAGAAAUGACAAGAAAAUGGUAGAAGAAUCAGGGAAUGAAUUGAUGGCCGAUUAA